AUGUAUACAAAUAUUAGGGGAUUUGUGUCCAGAAAGGCCAUGCAACUCAUGGAAGAUGAACAGAACAGAGUGAUGCGUGAUGGUUGUGGAUGCGCUUUCCAAGUUACCCAUGGGCUUCCUUGUGCGUGUGCACUUCAUAGUUAUGAUAGAAUUCCGUAUGAGGCAAUCCAUACUUUCUGGAAGAUACUUGGUUGGGACCAUGUACCCAUUGGGAGUCAAGCCUCAAACCAAGGAGACCUCAAGUCAGAGAUUGAUGGCUUGACCGCUUAUUUCAACACUUUGGAUGUUGCGGGCCAAAGUAUGCUAAGGAGGAAGGUAAAGGAGCUCUAUUGUCCUUCUAGUAGUUCACUGUGUCCUCCUCAAGUGAAGAUAAAGCCCAAGCGCUCGUCCAAGGCUAUGGAGAGUAAACCACCUAGUCAACAAAAACCAUCCUUACAGCGUGAUCCUUGUUAUUGGGAACAUGUUAACAAUAGCCUCAAGCCAACACCUAACAAAGUCUCUUGUCCUCGAAACAAGAAGUCUAAGAAGAGCAAGCAGUCCUCCACCAGCAUAUACUUGGAUGAUUUGCCAUCUUUCUUCCAUCAAUAUAUAGAAAAAGUCAUAGAUGUUAUUGCAGAUGGUAAUUGUGGUUAUAGAUCAGUUGCUGCAUUGUUCAGACCCGACAUAGGUCAAGACGGUUGGCCUUUGAUUAGGGAAGAGUUGCUUGUAGAACUCUCAGAGAAUACCGCUUACUAUAGCAACAUAUUUGGUUAUGAGAGGGUUCAGUCUCUACAAAAUCGUCUCAUUCUUCCGAUUGGUACAAUUGCAACUGAAGACAAGUGGAUGUCUCUACCGGAGAUGGGGUACCUCAUUGCUACGAGGUUUCAAGUUGUCUUCAUCUCCAUUUCACUAAAAGGUUGUUACACUUAUCUACCAUUGAGAGGAGGCGCCCCACCGAAAGUACAUCCCGUUAUAGCAGUUGGUCACGUCACCAACCACUUUGUUCAGCUCAAGCUUAAGCCGGGACAUCCUAUGCCAACAAUAGCUCCCCAAUGGCCGUUUUUGGCCAAAGAACCCACCGACCAAGGGAUCUUCCCGUAUGCGCUGGUUAUGAGAAUUUGUGAUUCUGCCUGCAUUGUUUCUGGUACUGUCAUUUUAACUGGUUAA